UUUAAUGUUUCUUUUAUUAUUUUUUUGUUUAAUGUUAUGGCUUUUAACCCGCAAAUACGUCUCUGAACAAUAAAAUCCUGCCAAACACGGUGACCCUACACGCACACCCCAGGCGGGAGGCAGAGAGAGGGGCGGGGGGUGGCGAGCCUGUGAGAAAAUGGAGGGACCCUCCGGCUCCGCAGAGGAAGGGGAGCUGCCCCUCCUCACUGUCAAGCACGAGCUGAAGAACGCAAAUUUGACAGGCCAUGCAGAGAAGGUUGGCAUUGAAAACUUCGAACUCUUGAAAGUUCUUGGAACAGGAGCUUAUGGAAAAGUAUUUCUUGUGAGGAAAAUAAGUGGCCAUGAUAAUGGAAAGCUGUAUGCCAUGAAAGUAUUGAAAAAAGCAACAAUAAUUCAAAAAGCCAAAACAACAGAGCACACAAGGACGGAACGACAAGUACUGGAACAUAUUAGGCAAUCACCAUUUUUGGUCACAUUGCACUAUGCUUUCCAGACAGACACAAAACUUCAUCUCAUUUUAGGUGAACCAUCUUACUCUCUUCAUCAGUAUUAUGUGUGGAGCAAAAGUUCAAACCGUGCAAGUUUGCCAAAUUAUAUAAAUGGAGGAGAACUUUUUACUCACCUUUCUCAAAGAGAAAGAUUUACAGAAAAUGAGGUGCAGAUAUACAUUGGAGAAAUUGUACUGGCUCUUGAACACCUGCACAAGUUGGGGAUUAUAUAUCGAGAUAUAAAACUUGAGAAUAUUCUACUUGAUUCUAAUGGCCACGUUGUGCUGACAGACUUUGGUCUGAGUAAGGAGUUUCUUACAGAUGAAAAUGAGAGAGCAUAUUCUUUUUGCGGAACUAUAGAAUACAUGGCUCCAGAUAUUGUCAGAGGAGGAGACACCGGACAUGACAAGGCUGUUGAUUGGUGGAGUCUUGGUGUUCUUAUGUAUGAAUUAUUAACUGGAGCAUCACCUUUUACAGUUGAUGGAGAGAAAAAUUCCCAAGCUGAGAUUUCUAGGAGAAUAUUAAAAAGUGAACCUCCGUAUCCCCAAGAAAUGAGUGCUUUAGCUAAAGAUGUAAUUCAGCGUCUUUUGAUGAAAGAUCCCAAGAAAAGGCUGGGCUGUGGUCCAGGUGGUGCUGAUGAAAUCAGACAACAUCCCUUCUUUCAGAAAAUAAACUGGAACGAUUUAGCUGCCAAAAAAAUACCAGCUCCGUUUAAACCAGUAAUCCGGGAUGAGUUGGAUGUUAGUAACUUUGCAGAGGAGUUUACAGAAAUGGAUCCCACAUACUCUCCUGCAGCCACACCACAGACUUCAGAGAGAAUAUUUCAGGGAUAUUCUUUUGUUGCUCCUUCUAUCUUGUUUAAACGCAAUGCAGCCACAGUAGAUCCUGUUCAAUUUCAUAUGGGAGUUGAAAGACCUGGAGUUACAGCUAUUGCCAGAAGUGCUAUGACGAAGGACUCUCCAUUUUAUCACCACUAUGAACUGGAUCUGAAAGAGAAACCACUGGGAGAAGGAAGUUUUUCCAUCUGUCGAAAGUGUUUACACAAGAAAACUAGCCAAGAAUAUGCAGUAAAAAUAAUUAGCAAAAGAAUGGAAGCCAACACCCAGAGGGAAAUAACAGCUUUGAAACUCUGUGAAGGACACCCCAAUGUAGUGAAGUUGCAUGAAGUUUAUCAUGAUCAGCUUCACACAUUUCUAGUAAUGGAACUACUGAAGGGAGGAGAAUUGCUUGAACGCAUUCAGAAAAAGAAACACUUCAGUGAGACAGAAGCCAGUUAUAUUAUGCGCAAACUUGUUUCAGCUGUGAGCCACAUGCAUGAUGUAGGAGUCGUCCAUAGAGAUCUGAAACCUGAGAAUUUAUUGUUCACAAAUGAAAAUGAUGAUUCAGAAAUAAAAAUAAUUGAUUUUGGAUUUGCUCGGUUAAAACCACCUGAUAAUCAGCCUCUUAAAACUCCAUGUUUUACUCUUCAUUAUGCUGCUCCAGAGCUCUUGAAUCACAAUGGUUAUGAUGAAUCCUGUGAUCUCUGGAGUUUGGGGGUUAUUUUGUAUACAAUGCUGUCAGGACAGGUACCCUUCCAGUCUCAAGACAAAGGUUUAACAUGCAUUAGUGCAUUGGAAAUUAUGAAGAAAAUUAAAAAAGGAGAAUUCUCCUUUGAAAGAGAAGCCUGGAAGAAUGUAUCUCAAGAAGCCAAAGAUUUGAUACAAGGACUUCUUACAGUGGAUCCAAAUAAAAGAAUUAAAAUGUCCAGCUUGAGAUACAGUGAAUGGCUUCAAGAUGGGAGCCAGCUGUCAUCCAAUCCUCUAAUGACUCCUGAUAACUUAGGCUCUUCAGGAGCUGCUGUACAUACAUACGUCAAAGCAACCUUUCAUGCCUUUAACAAGUACAAAAGGGAAGGAUUUUGCCUCCAGAAUGUUGACAAGGCACCUCUUGCUAAAAGAAGGAAGAUGAAAAAGACAAGUACAAGCACAGAGACACGUAGCAGUUCCAGUGAAAGUUCACAUUCUUCCUCCUCUCAUUCUCAUGGUAAAACUACACCAACAAAAACCCUGCAGCCAGCAAAUCCUGCAGACAGCAAUAACCCAGAAACCAUCUUCCAGUUCUCUGACUGAAAAGCAGAGAAAUAUCCUCUCUCGAACAAUUAAGAGGUGAUAAGCCUGGUAGUACUUGUCCCUCCUUGGAACAGAGGGAUUACAGGGAUAUGUUCAUUGCUUUGAACAACUUGUUUCAUUUCUGCCUUUUUAGCUUUUUGUUUCAAGACAUUUGGUUUUAGUAUUAGUUCAGAAUCACUGGAUGUGGUAUAAUAUUGUGAAUACAACCAACAUUGAACUCUCAUAGGGCUGGAUUGGUAUGCAGUCUAGUCCUGAGUAAGGGGUAAUCACAUUGUUGUUUUAUCCCUGGAGGAAGAGUGUUACUGAGAGGCAUAAUCUCCUUUCAGUUUUCCCACUGUUCCAGGGAGGGAAUAUGCUGUAAAAGUCAAUGUGUACUCCCAGAAAUGCUGUGUAACUAGGCAUGUUGUGGGGAGCAGAGUCAAGAGUCCUCCUGCCCAUCUGCAUAAGGAGGGUCAUAGCAGCUCUGGUUUCCUCCGCACACAAGUAAUGGCAGUACAGUGCACUAAAGCAAGAGGCCAUUUUACAUCACUUCUAACCCCCUUGUGUUGGUGCAUAGGAUGGGCUAGAACCUGGACCUUAUUUUGGAAUUUAAGAACAGAGAUUAACAUAAAAGGAGUACCAUUAUGCUGUUUUACAAAUUUAUUCCUUAAAUUUGGUUUUACGCUACUCAGAAUAUAACAGUCUUAUAUUAUCUAGAUCGGGGUAGGCAACCUAUGGCACGGGUGCCGAAGGCGGCACACGAGCUGAUUUUCAGUGGCACUCCCACUGCCCAGGUCGUGACCACCA